UACUUUCCAACUUGUCUGGUGUGUUCCUUCCUGGGUGUUCUUCGCUGCAGUCAGCUCCUCGGAGCAUUUGGUAAGGCCCUCGGUCUUACAUUCUGGAGGCCCCAGCGAGAUCCCUGGGUAGGAACCCCCAGUUCGGCCGAGACUCAGUGGCGGGAUCCAGCAGGAGACUCUCAGGCACAGACCUCAGAAAAACAUCCGGAGGUAAGCUUUUGGCCAGUUGUAACCGUUUGUUAAGUCAGGAGUGAGGUGGCUGACGAGCUGGGAAGUCUCCUCUGACCCCGAGGUUCCUGACGAGGAACAAGGGAAGAUUUAGUUUCAGUUUGUCGUGGCGCCCGUUUGUCUUGUCUUUUGUAUGUUAAUGUUGUGUCUGUUGUGUGUUUGAUUUUACAUUUUUUUCUUUCCAAUCUUCAUCAGGAGCAGAGUAAUGAGAGGAACCUGUUCUACCAGGUCCACUCCACUUGACUGCUUUCUCACUAAUUUUAAAUUGGCUUUUUCUCCAGAACAAGAAGAUGAAUAUGGGGUGAAAUUUUCUCACGGGAAACUCCGCUCCCUGUGCCAACUGGAAUGGCCAGCCUUUGGGAUGGGAUGGCCAGCCGAAGGGACUUUUGACCCCAGUGUUUGCCGGGCGGUUUGGGGCAAGGUCAUUGGUCACCCUGGCCACCCAGACCAAUUUCCCUACAUAGACAUCUGGGUUCAGGCUUGUGAGAAACCUCUGGCUUGGCUGCAGUGCUGUUUCCUCUGAACAGACACUCGGAUUUUAGUUGCUGCCCCGAAAGGGCCCUGGGAACUUAAGCCCUGGGCUCCUAAGCCAGUUCUCUUGCAGUAACCUGACCCCCUGGAUCCCUUAGGAGGGCCUCCACCCUAUGUGGAAUCCUCCACCCCCUCAGAUGGCUCCCGCUCUAGACCCUGCAAUCCUUCCCUUCCUCCAUCUGUUCAACCUUCGGCUCCUACUCCUCUCUAUCCUCCUCUCCCAGAGGGGCCUUAGUCCCCAGACUCUGUGACUUCUCCCCCACACACAUGAGCUGGGGCUGUGUAUGGGCCUUGCGAGGUCCCCAUUGGGGAAAUUAGUUCGGCCCCUCUCUUGCCCCUUCGGGAGACAGAAAAAGGUCACUAUGUUUAUAUCCCCUUCACUACCAGUGUCUUAUAUAAUUGGAAACAUCAAAAUCCUCCCUUCUCAGAGAAGCCCCAAGCCCUAAUAUCUCUUCUAGAGUCUAUCUUCCAUACCCAUGAUCCUACUUGGGAUGAUUGCCAACAACUCCUCCAGGCCCUUUUUACCUCAGAGGAGAGGGAAAGGAUCCGGGGCCAAGCUGUAAGGUCGGUACUAGGUGGAGCAGAGGGCCCCCUAGAUGAACAACAGUGGGCCCGUCUGGAAGCACAGCUCCCAUCCACCCGACCCCACUGGCAAACUAAUACCUCUGGCGGGAGAGAAGCUCCCCAGAACUAUCAUCAGCAUCUCCUGGCCAGCCUGAGGGGAGCCUCUUGGAAGCCUGCCAAUUUGAGCAAGGUUUGACUCCAAGACCCUUGAACCCCGCUGGAAGGGACCAUUUCCCAUCAUCCUGGUGACUCCCUCAGCAGUUAAGGUAGCUGGACACUCUGCCUGGAUCCACCGCAGCCAUUUAAAGGCAGCACCUCUGGAGGAAGCGACAUCAACAUGGCGGAUUGAUCUGAACACAAAGGACCCCCUCAAGAUAAGAUUGAUCGAAGACUAGUUUGGACAAUAUGGGGGUUCUUGGGGCUUCUGUUCUUACCAGCCCCAAUGGAAGGGGGAGCUGGCUGCCAGCUGGUGUUGUCCAGCCACACUUCCCAGAACUGGACUUGGUCCUUGAAAAAUGCCUUAACGGGAGCUCACAUUGCCACCAUUACUAUGGAUAGACAGCCCCAUUUUAUUAUAGACCUGUGUUCUCUGGGGCUUCCAAUCAUUAGUGGUGGAGGGGCUGGAUCAAAGGGUAAAGUUUCAUCUGGAAAGAUGGGUAAAGGGGGCCACGGAGGGAGGUGUGGAAUAGAUGAUAAGUUGGAAAAAACCCUCCAAGAUAUAGAUAUUUAUGCCUGCCCCAUAGGGAAAAAUAAAAGGUGCAAUGGGGGACCAGGAAACCACUGUCAUCAUUGGGGUUGUGAAUCUAUUGCCCCAUGGAAAAAUGAUGAUGCGUAUUUGGCCUUGGAACAACAAACACCAAGUGGUUCAUGUUCCAAAGGAAAAUGUAAUCCCAUCAAGCUAACCUUAAAACAAUGGCAAAAUCCAUAUAAAGAUUGGGAAAAAGGAAAAUCCUGGAUGGUGGCACUCUAUGUGGGUGAAAAGGACCCUAUGACUGACCUCCUUAUCCAGCAUAGCCCAGUAAUAGUAUCACCUAACCCGGUAGGCAACAUUUAUAGGGUCUCCGGCCCCCAAGAAAAAGAAAAGGCAAAAGGAACCUAUAAUGUGUCAUUAGUUGCUCCUGAAUCUCUGAUCCAACCAUACCUAAAAACCCUGGAUGCCAUGUAUACCCUGUUAAAUGAGUCUAGCCCCAAUCUUACUCAAGGGUGCUGGUUGUGUUUGAGUCUUUUUCCCCCUUAUUAUGUAGGGUUGGCAGUAAAUGGCACUUUUUCAGAAGCUGACCAGAAUGAGUGUGAUUGGAAACAACUGAGGUUGUCAAUUGGGGAUAUAAAAGGAAAAGGGUUAUGUGUUAAAAAAUCCAAGUGUUACAUCAUUUUAUCUGGACAGUAUAUGUUCUUAUCAGACACCCACCAUCAGUAAUGAAAAAUAUUUAAAAGCUGGAAACAAUGCAUGGUGGGCAUGUACAAAUGGUAUAACUCCCUGUUUAUCCAUGACAAUCCUCAAUCAGGAACUUGAGGUAUGUGUAAUGGUCCACAUUUUACCCCAAGUCACUAUAUAUGGAGAAGAACAGGGUUGGGAAUACCUAGCUAAGAGAGCACACACCGAAGAGAAGUGGCACCCAGCAUUGAUUCCUGUGUUAACUGCAGCAGGCAUUGCGGGAUCAGCAGCUCUGAGUGUGACCGCAAUAGGACUACAAGACUUUAAUUUCAAGACCCUUGCCCAACAGGUAACAAUAGACUUAGGCCUACUUACCGAGUCAGUGUCUCAUUUGGAAAAACAAGUUGAUUCUCUGGCUGAGAUGGUCCUUCAAAACUGCCGAGGACUUGACCUCGGAUUUAUGAAAGAAGGAGGGCUAUGUGCAGCCCUAGGAGAGCAAUGUUGCUAUUAUGCUAACAAAUCUGGAAUAAUAAGAGAAACUCUGGCCACUGUAAAUAAACAUCUACAAGAAAAUUAUAAUAGAUUGAUAAAACAGGAUGGAUGGUUCCAGUCAAUGUUUAACUGAUCUCCCUGGAUGACUACCUUUGUUUCUGCCCUUGCUGGACCCCUGUUAAUAUUGUUACUAGCUUUGACUUUUGGCCCAUGCAUUAUUAAUAAGCUUAUGGCCUAUGUAAUGGCCUGGAUAGGAUCUGUUCGCCUAAUGAUUUUGAAUCAACAGGCCAAAUAUCAUCCUUUAAGUGAGCUAGAUGAGAAAGAACAAAGAUGGAG